GAAUAUAAUCUCUCGCAUCAUCUGCGAGAGCUACUGGAGAGAACCGACUCUGUCCAAAAUCUUCCAGCUGAGUAGCUGAGCCUUUAAACAAGAACUAAAAUGGAACGGGGCUCUCGGCGCUAGUCGUACACUGGCAAGCAGAUUACGAAGAUUGAGCGCGCACACAGUGCGUAAUCGCUGCAGCGGUGGAAUCGUCUCAGCAGAUGCGACUCGCAGCAGGGCAGCCCGUUCCAGCGGCCGUCUCGGCCGGCCGUCCGGUCCAUUCAAUGCCCCCCGAGUGCGUCGAGCUCCGGAACGGCGUGCGGAUGCCGAUCUUGGGGCUGGGCACCUCGCAUAGCGGUGGCUACAGCCACUCUACCGUGGUGUACGCCUUGCAGGAGUGCGGCUACCGCCUCAUCGACACGGCAAAGCGCUAUGGCUGCGAGGAGUUUCUGCGCCAGGCCAUCAGGGAAUCUGGCGUCGCGCGCGAAGACCUUUUCCUGAUUACCAAGUUGUGGCCCCGUGACUACGGAAGCCUGACGACGCGCCAGGCCUUUGAGGGUUCCCUGCAGAGGCUUGGGGUGGACUACCUGGACAUGUUCAUGAUGCAUUGGCCGGAGUGUCCAUCGUCGUGCCCCGACCGCCAGAAGGUGCUGGACACCACUUGGCGCCAGCUCGAGCUUUUGUACGACGAAGGCCUCUGUCGUGCCAUUGGAGUGAGCAACUACGAGGUGGCUGACCUGGAGUCCCUGCUGGAGUCGUGCAGCGUGGUGCCCCACGCCAACCAGGUGGAGUGCCACCCGUACCACUUUCCCCAGGACCUGCUGGCAUUCUGCGACCAGCACGGGAUACAGUUCCAGGGCUACUCCCCGCUGGGUAAAGGGAAGCUGAUCCGGGAUCCGGAGGUGCUCAGGGUUGCCCACAGCUGCGGGCGCACUCCGGCACAGGUGCUGGUGCGCUGGUCCAUCCAGAACAACGUUGUUGCCAUUCCAAAGUCCACCAAGAAGUACAGGGUCAAGGAGAACUCUCAAGUUUUCGACUUCAAGCUCUCUGCGGAAGACAUGGAAUCCCUGAAUAGGCUCCACAGGGACCUCAAGUAUGUGCAGCGGUGCGGCAUUCAGCAGAAGAUAGACUCUGACCUCCCGGACGGCUACAAGCUGCAGCUGCCCAAUGCACACGACCAGCGCCUCAGUGUCCGUAACUACAGCUGAUGACGGACCGUCCUAGACGGUCCGUCAUGAGCUCUAGUUAUCUCGGUCUAGUUCAAAUGUCUCCCUCUUCCGAGCGUUUUUCUGUCGUAGAACCGGUUGCACGAAUGCUUACGCAGACAGCGGUCUCUAACUUGCCACAAAGUCGCCUUUACGGUGUAGCAUUUAGGGUGUCGCAUUUUAUUAACUAACAAUUCUGCCAUACAGAGUUCAAAUAGGCUUAACCGGCAAUGGAGGUUUGUGUAGCUGCCACGAAAUGCUAAGACUAGGAUAACUUAACAUCCUUCUAUUUGGGGUGUUGACAUUCUUUGUAGUACCCGAUGCCGACAGCACGUGCUCGCAGGGAAGAUGCGAAGAAAUAGCCGGAAACAAAAUGUCCUCGUAGCAUAGUCAAUGCCAAAAGCUCGUGCCAGGAGAUGCUGUUUGAUGCACUUCAAAGCAAAAAAAAAAAAAAAAAAAGCAUUCAGAGCAAAAUGGUGUUUCCAGACGGGGGUGGGCCAGUGUAUCAGAUAUUUGAGAAGUCCCUCCCCCUCCCCUUUUUCCCGCCCCAAAAUUUUACACAUGCUGAAUUUAAGGGGGGGGGGGGGGGGGGGGUCAGGGCAUUUGCACUUCCCUUCUGGAUCCGCCACUGGUCACCACCUUAAGCAAAGUGUACAUGAAGGUACCCUAACUAAGAGUAUUUUGCUUUAGACUCCAUUUAUGGCAGAAAUGUUCAAUGAUAACAAUUGAGAUAAGGCUCCAGGUUUAGAUUUUGUUUUUGGGGAAACCCAGGGGGGUCUUUUUGGACUUUACUUUUCGUAGCAAGUUUGGCAUUUGUGCGAGUUUACUGCUGUUAAAUAUUGAAAAUUAAAAACAAAAACGUCCCCUAUCAAAGAUUAUUUUUGCUAUAAAUAUUUCCAGUUCUCCAAAUUUACAAAUAAAAAAAGAAAUAUUGUUGACACAUAAACAUACACAAAAAAGUGAUAUUUUUAUUGUAGCUGCUGGAUAUGGCUUCCACUGUUCAACCCAUCAAUCCGUGCUUGAUUUUGCCUUUAAACUGCUAGCAGGCCUGCUGAAGGGUAAACACACUUGGCGUAACAAUACAAACGAAAGAGAAAAGCUAACGACAGCAUUAUCUACCAGGUGCUUAUCAGUGGAGCACUUUUCGUAAACGUUUUAAAAGCAGCGAAAAGAUUGAUGUCAAUUUUAUUUAACUUGUCACACAUAAGGUCCAUCAGAGUCAAUGGAGUGUCAGAUUGUAGGUUAGAUGGAACAGAAUCAUACUUGCUAGAAGGGGAGAGUCAAUAACAGUUCUGAGCACCUCGUACGAGAACACCAUAUUGCACGCUGAUCGUUCCCAGAAAAACACAAUAUGAAAAAUUUUAGCCACACGAUUAAAAUCAACUCUUAGUCUGAUAUGGUGAUUGGCUGAACAUUGUUGCACAGAUUCUAAGCUGAGCAUUUGACUUACACCUAGGGAAUUCCAUGCAGCCAAAGGACAUUCCAUUCUCUGUAAAUUUUACGAGCGAAAUAGGUGAAGCACUAUGCACAGGAAUAAAUGUGCGAGCUUUGAGUAUUAUAUGACAUUAUGCCUAGUAAACAUAGAGAAUCUUGGAAACAUAGAGAAUCUUGGCUAACUUGACAAACGGGAGCACCGAAAUUCGGGCAUAAAUCAAACAAGUCACAAAGGAAGACCUUAAUAUGUUGGAGCCAUCGAAUCCAUGCAGCCUUGUACGGAAAAGAAAUUACCUUGGUUUUUUAGGGAUUUAAAGGCGUACAUUUGCACGACACUACCAAAGGCGAAUAGCAUCAGUGUCGCAAUGCCACAGCUUGCAGUCGUGCAAAUACUGCGAUAAUGUUUUGUGUCAUCGUGAAAUUGGAGCAUUUCUCGGCUGGUGACGCUAGAUGCAAGGUCAUUGACAAAAAGAUUAAAAAUCACCGGCACAACUUUUGUGUCACUCUGGAUUUUAAAAGGAAAGGACACCAUAUUCAAGCAGUUACUGAGGUAGCUGGCAAAGGAAUUGCAAAAGCCCAAAGACCUAGAUGAGGUAGACUCAUUAGCAGUAGAUUGUGGUUUGUCUCCGAGGCCAAAUGCCUUCUACCAGUCAAAAUAAACUGCAUCAACCUGCCCUCGGGAGCCAACUAAAGGCUUUACAAACUCUAAAGAAGCUUAAAAAAUAAAUUUUUCAAAGAUCUUGGAAAAUGCAGAGAGCAUUGCAAUUGGUCCGCAAUUGUCGAGACGCAAGGCACUUUCACAACUGUGUGCACACUGGCAGAAUCACAGCUAUCUUCCAUGCCAAAAGCAUGGCAGACAUACCUCCUGGGAAAAUGCUAUUUUAGAGCCAUUGCUCUCCAGAAACAAUAUAAAAACCGCCAUGAGAACACCACUUCCUCUUGGUAAGGGACACACAUAGUUAAGUAGCUGGAACAGAGGAUAGUGCAAUCGCAUAUCCAUUAGAUUGACUUCUUUCGUGAGCGUUGUUUUGAACAAACGCUGGAGGUCAGCCCCUUCUGUUAGUCGACCGAGGCUAGAAAGUAGACUGAGGUGGCCUCAGCUCGGGACUGCUGAUCCGACGCUUUACCAAAGCCAAUGUCAAGUAACCCAGUUCUUUUUUUUUUUUUUGUGGUCUUGACAUAAUUUGUAUUGAUUGGAAAUUCUGCUGGCAGGUGUAUGUUUUCAGCUUUAUCCGAAAACUCGAAAUCCUACCUCGAGUACACACAAGCUAAAGGCACCUUGGCAAGUUACACAUCGCUGCAGCCAUCCAGCAGUCGAUGUCAUUUAUUGUGUGUGUAGCAUUCAAGAACUCUGUAGAUUUCCAUUUUCGUGCCAUUUGUGACCUGUCGUUGACCCGUUGAACAAUCGCCUCCACCACAUUUUGUUUCGUAUGCUAAUGACGUCACUGUGAUUUCUUUUUGUUGUAGCGCUACUUAGAAAUGAGCAAUCCUCUACUUUUUUUUUGUUGGUGGAGGCAGUGUUUACCCAUUAUCUGCUAUUUAUUGUCAAGGACACUGAAUCUGUAUUCUACCCAGUUAUGCUACAAAAAGUACCCCCCAUGCAAUAUGUGGAAACUCUUAGCACAGUGCUUUGGUUAUUCACUGUGGGCAUGUUGCAGUCGCUAUUUCGUCUUCUAGAAAGAACCUUCAGUUGCUCCAAAACUUCUUCCUUAGACUUACAUUCCUCGUAACGGUUAACAUUUGCCUGAAAUCUUCUUAAGACUUUAAAUUAAACUGGUCUGUGGUUUCUCUGAUUGCAAAUUCCUUUACUGAUGGUCAUUGCGCAUGCUUUUUUCGUCACUCAUUUCGGAAUGUACCUGAAUUAGCUAUGACUGCUAGUCUUUGCCAGACUUCAUUUUUUAUCCCUCUUGACGUUUACGAAAAGAUAGACUGUGGAUUUCUUAGUAUGUAGCCCUUUUUUUUUUU